AUGCCCCUCCCCUUCCACCGCUCGCAAGCGUCGCUGUCGGCUCGCCGGGCCACGGCCGACACCGAUCACACGCGCAGUACCUCCCUCUCCCUGUCGCCCGUCUCGCUCUUCCCCUACUCGGAGAAGGACCCCUUCCUCUCGCCGACGACGCCUCGCUCCUCGCCUCCCUCGCCGCACACCUUCCACCCUACCUCGCCCGUGUCGCCCACCUCGCACGUCUCCGACCACGAGUACGGCGUCGCAGCGUCACCCGCGUCCAAGCGGCGGCGAGACGUCGUGCAGAAGGGCAUCCUCGGCCAGGUCCAGCUGCCGCCGUCGGCGAAGCGGACGAGGACCUCGACCUGGCUCCUCCUCGCGUCAGCGACGGCCGUCGUCAUCGUCUUUGCCGUCUCGCUGAAGAGCACGACGCUCGGCGAGUCGAGCCUCGCCGGGUACAGGUCGAGGGCGAGCGAGAAGCUCGUCGAGCUCGCGGCGGCGCAGGCGAGUGGCGGCAGCAGUUGGGCCUCAGACCCUGUCGAGGCGAGCGCGAGUAUCGAGGACGCGGGCGGCGAGAUCGCCAUCACGGCGCUGCCCCGUACGCGACGACCCGACCUCGACGACCCCGACGCUCGUUACCUGGGCUUCCUCCCGCAUUCGGGCUUCCACAACCAGCGCAUCGCUCUGCAAAAUGCGCUCCUCCUCGGCAAGGUCCUCAACCGCACCGUCCUCGUACCGCCUGUCUGGAUCGGCUGGCCCACGCCGACGCAGUACUACUCGGACCUUCGCCAGUCCUGGCUCGACAUCAUGCUCACCAACCCGUCGUCGUUCAACCUGAGCACCGUCGCGCCCGACUCGCCGCUCAACCCGCCCGCCUCGUUCACCUCCUCGGCGACGACCUACCCGUGUCCGACCUGUAUGGCCGACAACUCGACGUUCCUCGCCGAGGUGCAAGCCGCCGCAGCCGCCAAGCAGAGCAGGUGGCACGACGCCGGCUACGAGACGCGGCCCGAUGGCUAUCCCGUCGUGCCCGGCCUCAAGUUCGAGGACUGCAAGAGCUACUCGCCCGAGUGCCGCUUCACGUACCGCGACACGUUCCUGUCCUGGGACUUUCUCGUCGACCUCGACCGGGCCCGCGCCGUCGGCGUCGACCUCGUCGACCGGUGGGACCUGCGCGAGCGCGCCCUCGUCGAGCAGCUCGGCGUCGCCGAGUCGGACGUGUACGUCGUCGAGGACCGCGAGACGUACGACUUCCAGUUCAGCGACCGGCCCGAGGCCGACGCGCCCCUCAUCGACGACAACCUCACCGUGUCGCACUACAAGCGCGUCGUGUCGCUCCGGACGCUCAAGACGCUCGAGCACAAGGUCGUCCUCCUCGGCUCGCUGUUUGGCACCGGGCGUGUGCGCACGUACCACGAGCCGCAGGCGCACGAGUGGAGCGAGGCGUUCGGGCAGGCCAUGGCUUUCCGCAACCCGUGGCUCCUUCGUCCCGCCGACGCCGUAGUCGCCCGUCUCGGUGGGCGCGCCAACUACGUCGGCGUGCACGCACGCGUCGGCGACGGCGAGUUUGCGCGCCGGGCCCGCCAGAACAUGGAGCGCGCGUGGCGCGAGCUCGUCGUGCGCGAGAUGGGCGUCGACGAGGCGCUCGCCGACGAGAUGUGGGACCUCGUGCGGCCGAACGUGGUCGUCGGGAGGAGGAGAAGCGAGCGGGCGAGGGUCGGUGCGGCGGCGGACGAGGCGACGUCGAGCGCGCCCGACGGGCAGGACGACGCUCGCGUCGAGGCCGACGAGCACGCACAGGGCGCGCAGCUCGACCGCCGCGGCCUCCUCGACGAGGCCAAGUCGUGGCUCCCCUCCCUCGACCGCACCGCCACCUCGCCCUCGUCCCGCCUCGUCAACCUCACCUGCCGCGCCCCGCUCCACACCGACCCACGCCUCGAGGCGUUCAACGUCCCGCUGUACCUCGCGACCGACUCGCGCACGCCCGAGCACGACCUCAACCUGCGCGCCUUCUUUGGCGCGUUCCCGUGCACCUUCGUCCUCGACGACUUUGACCGGCCCGACGUCGAGCGCAACGACGGCGUCGUCGUCGACAGCGUCGCGCAGAUGGGCCGGCUCGUCAACGGGCUCGACGGCGUGCCGCUCGGGCGGCUGUUCCUCCCGUUCCUCGAGGCCAUCGUCGCCGCCAAGGGCCGCCUCGUCGUAGGCACCGAGCACUCGACCUUCUCCUCGUUUGCGUCGACGAGCCUGCACGACGCGUACUGGGCCGAGUGA